AUGCCCUCUCAAUCUGCCAAUAUCUCGACCAUGCAUGAGCCUUCCGCCCUCCUCUCUUCCUCUUACUCUUUCCCCAUCCUCCUCUCUUCCCCGCUCUCUUCCCCGCUCUCUUCCCCCAUCCUCCUCUCUUCUCCUCUCUCUUCCCCCAUCCUCCUCUCUUCUCCUCUCUCUUCCCCCAUCCUCCUCUCUUCUCCUCUCUCUUCCCCCAUCCUCCUCCCUUCCCCUCUCUCUUCCCCCACCCUCCUCUAUUCCCCCUUCUUUUUCCCCACCCUCCUCUCUUCCCCUUUCUUUCUCCCCACCCUCCUCCCUUCCCCUCUCUCCUCCCACAUCCUCCUCUCUCCCCCUCUCCUUUCCCCCUCCCUCCGCCCCUCUCCCAUCCACCCUACCAACCCCAAGUUCCCACCGAUCCUCCCCUUCCUCCACCCUCCACUCCCUCCUCUCUUCUCCCCUCCUCCCAUCAUUCUGCCGCCCAGACUGCCCUCCCAAACUUCUCUCCUGUGGAGAAAACACACCCCUAACCCCACCCAGACUCCUCUCCUCCUUCUGCCCUCUGCUACUUUCUCCAAACCGCUUUUCUUCAAAAAGAUGCCUCCUUUUACCCUCCUCACCAUAGCCACCUCCUCUGAAGCUGUCCCCUCCUCUAUCAUCACCACGCCUUCUCCCAUCCCUCUCACUGUUAUCACAGUGACGCUCGGAGUACCCUCCAGGCGACUUAAACGUGUCACUGCUCCGAAAAUCUCGCUCUGCUGA